AUGUCGAAUUCCGACGAAGAUUCAAUUUCAUACAUUCGUAAGUAUACAAUAGAUGCCGAAAUGUUAAACACUUUCGUUACUUUAAUUGACGAAGAAGAAGAAGAAGAAGAAGAGAACUCGAUAAUGGCAAACAUACCAAAAAUACCAAGAAGAACAAUACCCAGAAAUCAUGUGGAAGCCGCCACACGUUUAUAUAAUCAUUACUUUGCCCCGCAACCCAUUUACCCUGCCAAUUAUUUUAGAAGGCGUUUUCGAAUGCCCAAAGAAAUGUUUCUUCGUAUAGUGAACGAUAGACAUUCCUUUAACGCCAUACAACCAUUACCAAAAUACUUUGCGUUCUUCCAUAACGCUCCAACCGACGUUGUGGGUCGCCCGACGUUAAAUAUUUUUCAAAAAUGUACUUCCGCUGUACGCCAGCUGGCUUAUGCUUCUACUGCCGACCAAUUAGAUGAAUACCUCGAAAUGGGUUCCCAAACGGCUGCCGAUUCAUUGAACUACUUCUGCAAAUGUGUUGUUCAGUUAUAUCACUCAAAGUUUUUGAGAAAACCGACACAAGAAGAUGUUAACCGCGUGACCGUUAAACACGAGAUGGUGUAA